AUGGGUCUCUCCAACCUUGCCAAUAAGAAUCUCCAGCGAGUUCCUCCCAAGCCUCCCUCGCCCACCGAACCUCGCAUCACCCUUCAAUCCAGCAUCGACAAAAUGCCUGAAGUCUCCGCAGAAGUGAAAGGGCAAAUUAUGACAACAUGGAUUGAACUCCUCGACAAGGAUCCCAGCACAGCGGCAGCAACCUGCUGCCUCACCCGGGCCCCGACCCAUGCCGAAAUCCGCGGCGCCUCGGCCACGGCAUCCAUACUUGGAGCAGGAAAGUUCAUUGCCGUUCUAGGCACUCGCGGCCCCAAACCUGACGACGAAGACAGGUUUGGAGGCACCGACGAAACCACCACUGAGUACUACCCUAUCCUUCCACUCAUUGGAAAAGAUAUCUGCACAUUAGUCCAUGACGGCCUCUGCUAUGACAAACCCAAUGAAGAAACAAACAAAUGGAACCCCUUUGUCACCGCCCAGAAACUCAAACCGUACCUUAACGACAUCCACAGCAUUCUCCUUGGUCUGACAACCGCAUCCUCAACCCAAAAGGUACGCGGCGCUAUCAAGUUUGACCUCAAACAACGCGCCACAGUGGACCCACCCCUCCACGAACUCAUGGUGCCGCGUAUCAACAAUAUCCUUCACCCGGCCGUCUACCAGCCACCUCCGGACAAUCCACUUGGGAACACUGGCACUCCAACGGAGCACAAUGCCACGGUCCCAGCUAGUGGCACUCCAACGGAGCACAAUGCCACCACCCCACAAAAUCCCGCGAGCACCCCAACGGGGCACAAUGCCCCGGUCCCACCUGGCACUCCAACGGAGCACAAUGCCACGCUAUGA